AUGGUGAGCUACUUUUGCGGCUGGCACAAGCUUGUGAAUGAUUUCAUCUACAAACUAGUUCUGCUAAACCUGUUGAUAUGCAGCUGCCUCAGCCUGAGCAGAUCAGUUUCUAUGGCCUCGGCCGCCGAUAUUGAUGAUCAAGUACUAGUGAACAACAAUAACCCAUUAGACCAACUCAUGUCCAGCCAACAAGAUAUGGUCCAGAUGGCUGGAUAUGGAGAAGAGAAGCUUUCCACCGUCCUAAUUACAGGCUCCGUCCAUUGCGAGGAGGCUUGUAAUAAUUUGUAUGCUCAAACUCAUCAUCCUGAUCAUCAACUUCAUCUUCAUGCAUGGCCUCUCUCAGGUGCUUUGGUGUCUGUCAAUUGCCAUGUUAGUGGGAGAAAAAGAAAAUCAAGCUUCGCACGAGGCUUUACAGAUGAAUUUGGGGAUUUCAUUAUUGAUCUUCCUUCCAAUCUACAUGCAAUUCCCAACUUGCACAAAACAUGUUCGGUUAGGGUAGUUCGAAUACCAAAGAACACACAAUGCAGACCAGCUUAUGUCAGGAGGCACAAGGGACUGAAAUUAUCGUCAGUUGGUAACGGUAUCCGCACUUACAAUGCCGGAAAUAUAAGGUUCCAGCAUUUGACCUCUAAACCAUCAGAAGCAUGCAUUAAGAUGUUAUCAUCAUAG